AUGAAGGGAUACUUCGAGUUCGAUGUGUUGGCCAACGAUACAGACGGACUCGCAGACAGCGCUACUGUUUUUAUUUAUUUGCUAAGAGAUGACCAAAGAGUGAGAUUUAUUUUACGACUUACUCCACAAGAACUGAGAGAAAAGUUGGAUAAAUUUCGAGAUGUAUUGGCGAACAUCACGGGUGCGACCGUUAAUAUUGAUAGCUAUAAAAUACACGAGAAUAGAGACGGUUCUGUCGACCAGAAAAAAACUGAUUUAUAUUUACAUUUUGUGAAUCGAGACGAUAAUAGUAUUUUGGAAGUAAACGAUGUCUUAUCUCUAAUCGACAAAAAUCUUGAAUAUUUAGACGAAUUGUACAAAGAAUUCAAUGUUUUGGUCACUGAACCCACACAAAGUUUGGAGUACUUCUUGGAAUGGGAGGACCAGUUAAAGGCUUGUCUAUUGGGAACGACAGCCUUUUUGGCUCUGCUUUUAAUCUUAGUAAUCUGUUUGUGUCUGAACCAGAAGUCGAGAUAUGAGCGACAAUUAAAGGCGGCAACAGUUCCAGUGUUUGGUAGCGAAAGUCAAUUAACUCGUUGUAAUGUUCCCAACACUAACCAACACGCGAGUGAGGGCUCAAAUCCCAUGUGGAUGACUGGUUAUGAUAAUCGAUGGUAUGAUAAAGACGAAGAACAGAUCAGCAACCGCUCGAGUGGUGACAAUUCAUUAGAUGAGAACGCAAUCGCCAGCCAUUCACCCGACGAUUCACUCGAUGGCAGCGCUGGUCGGGAAUCGGGAGGUUCGGCCUCAACCACUACUAACGACAAACAGGCACUUUGUCGCGGCGCCAAAACCGCCACAAAAGCCAAUGAAUACAACGGCUGUCGGGACUAA